GGGAAGCAGUUGAACGGCAUCUAGGUCCGGCAGGCGCGGGAGGUGCGGCCGGCUGCGGGCUGCCCGGGCUCCAGGCUCCUCCUCCUGCCAGUCCAGCCUUUAUCGCCCUCACCCUGCACCCCUCCUUGACUUGGCUCUGCAAAUCCAAGGUUUUCCCGAGCAGCCUAGGAGCGGCGGCGGGCGCAGUGAAGGCGGCCGUAGGAGCGCAGCCGGCCGGCCCGCCGCGCCGAGCCCAGCCCUGGGGCAGCAGCGGCAUCGUCGCUAGAGCAGCCCUGGAGGCGCCGCGGAGCCCGCGCGCUCUAGCCGGCUCGGAGAGCAGUGAAGCCCGGAGCGGCCCCCUAGCCAUCCCCACCUGUCCCCAAGGUCCUCCAGCGGCGCCGCCCGCUCCUCGGCGCCCCUCACCAUGGACUUAGGCGGAGUUCGGACGCGCCGCGGCAGUAGCGCGCGGGUGGUUGCCGGGCCCUGGGGGUGCGCGGGCGCGAGCGCAGGGAUGGCGAGGUAGGAUGGCUGCCCAGCGCUACCCCUGCCGCCCCAGCCCAGCGGCUCCCGGGUGGUGCAGCUGACUUGCUCGAGCUCACAGGGGUGUGGGCGGAGGCGGCCCCGUCGCCCGCGCCUUCGGGAGUCGCUUUGCCUCUUCCACCCACUCGCACCUGCCACUGCACGGAUACCAUGUCGAAGGCCGCGGGAGGCGCGGCAGCGGCGGCGGCGGCGGAAAGUUGUCCCCCAGCCUCUGGCGGCCCGACCGCCGCCGCCGCGGUGGAGGACCUGUCCAAAGUGUCAGACGAGGAGCUGCUGCAGUGGAGCAAGGAGGAGCUGAUCCGCAGCCUGCGGCGCGCGGAAGCCGAGAAGGUGAGCGCGAUGCUGGACCACAGCAACCUCAUCCGCGAGGUGAACCGCCGCCUGCAGCUGCACCUCGGCGAAAUCCGCGGGCUCAAGGAUAUCAACCAGAAACUCCAGGAGGAUAACCAGGAACUGAGGGACCUCUGCUGUUUCCUGGAUGAUGACCGGCAGAAAGGCAAGCGGGUGUCCCGGGAGUGGCAGAGACUGGGCCGCUACACGGCCGGGGUGAUGCACAAGGAAGUGGCCUUAUACCUGCAGAAGCUGAAGGAGCUGGAGGUGAAGCAGGAGGAGGUAGUGAAGGAGAACAUGGAGCUCAAGGAGCUCUGCAUGUUGCUGGACGAGGAGAAGGGUGCAGGCUGCGCGGGCAGCCGCUGCUCCAUCGACAGCCAGGCCAGCCUGUGCCAGCUCCCUGCCCCGCCGGCACCCUGCGUGAGGGAUGUGGGGGAUGGAAGCAGCACAUCCAGCACGGGCAGCACCGACAGCCCUGACCACCACAAGCACCAUGCUGGCAGUGGGAGCCCUGAGCACCUGCAGAAGCCCCAUGCCGAGGGCAGCCCGGAGCACUCCAAGCACAGGAGCACCAGCCCCGAGCACCUACAGAAACCCAGGGCUGCUGGGACCCCAGAUCACCCAAAAGCACUCAAAGGACCAAGCCCUGAGCACCACAAACCCUUGUGCAAGGGCAGUCCUGAGCAGCAGAGGCACCCGCACCCGGGGAGCAGCCCUGAAACACUGCCCAAGCAUGUGCUGGGUGGGAGCCCGGAACACUUCCAGAAGCACAGGUCUGGGGGCAGCCCUGAACAUGCCAGGCACAGCGGCGGGAGCCCCGAGCAUCUUCAGAAACAUGCCCUUGGGGGGAGCCUGGAGCAUCUACCCAGAGCCAGGGGCACCAGCCCAGAGCACCUCAAACAGCAUUAUGGGGGGAGCCCCGAACACAAACACGUGGGCGGAGGAGGCGGAGGCAGUGGAGGAGGCAGCAGGGAGGGCACCCUCCGAAGGCAGGUGCAAGAGGACAUGUCACCCCAUCACCGGAGUGUCUACAGUGGCAUGAACGAAUCAACCUUGUCCUAUGUUAGGCAGCUGGAGGCAAGAGUAAGACAGCUGGAGGAAGAAAAUCGCAUGCUGCCCCAGGCCACCCAGAAUAGAAGGCAACCUCCAACUAGAAACAGCUCAAAUAUGGAGAAAGGCUGGGGGCCCAGAGCCCGGCGGGUCUUGCAGUGGUGGCAAGGGUGCCGUGGAGUAGGACGAUGCCUGCCUGCGCUCCCGGGUUCUUUUAGGUUGUCAUCAGGGGCUGAUGGGAGUAACAGUUCACCCAACUCUCCAGCUAGCUUCAGUGGACAUACCACACCUUCUCAGCAGCCUGAACCCGUGGUACAUUCUCUUAAGGUCUUGGAUGUUCAGGAAACUAUAGAUCGUCAACAGGGUAAAGAGUAUGAAAAUGACCUUAGUGAGACAGAAAAAGCUAUAGUCAGAGAAAUGUGCAAUGUUGUAUGGAGGAAACUUGGAGAUGCUGCAGGUUCGUGUCCUGGAAUUAGGCAACAUUUGUCUGGAAACCAGUACAAAGGACCAAUGUGAGACACACUUUUUCGAAAAACAUGAGAUCACCACUGCCAGAGAGAAAUAAAAGAAGAAAAGAAUGAAUUUCCACAAACCUGGACUCAUGGAAUAACAUGGUGUGAUUGUACAUUGCACAUAUUUCACCCCUAAAACCUUUAGCAUAGCUAACGCUAUAUUUUAUCUUUCUCACUUUGAAGUCCACAGCAGUCAAUCUCAAACAAGGUAGCUUUGAAAAGAUCACAAUUUUGGUACCAGUAUUUUCAUUAGAACUAACACAUUUUUGAUUCCUCAGAUCUAAGACUGUAAUUGGGAAACCUGCAUGACUGGAAGAGUCCAAUAGAGCAUCCAUAGUUUAUAGAGUUGACUCAGUGCAUAUAAUGGUGAGUUUUCUACCAUGUUGUAUUGACAGUAAGAAGAGGUGUCUUCUAGCUUCCCAAGUUUGAGAAUUGGGCACCUAUUUCUUACAUUUUAGUCAACAAUUACUACUUUCUGCACUUGUACCACUUUCAGAAAUUGUAAUUUCUGAUGUGUAAUUAAUUUGGGUACAAGUAAAAUUAGAUUUCUGGGAUUUUAUUUUCUUUUGACUUUUAAGGUGCUAAAAAAAA